AUGGACGUGGACGUGGACGUGGACAUGGACAUGGACGUGGACUUGGACAUGGACGUGGACGUGGACAUUGACGUGGACGUCGACGUGGACAUGGACGUGGACGUGGACGUGGACAUGGACAUGGACGUGGAACUGGACAUGGACGUGGACGUGGACGUGGACGAGGACAUGGACGUCGACAUGGACGUGGAGGACUUGGACGUGGAUAUGGACGUGGUCGUGGACGUUGACGUGGACGUGGACGUGGAGGACUUGGACGUGGACAUGGACGUGGACAUGGACGUGGACGUGGACGUGGACGUGGACUUGGACGUGGACAUGGAUGUGGACGUGGACGUGGACGUGGACGUGGACAUGGACGUGGACGUGGACGUGGUUGUGGUCGUGGACGUGGACGUGGACGUGGACGUGGACAUGGACGUGGAUCUGGACGUGGACGUGGACGUGGACGUGGACAUGGACGUGGACAUGGACGUGGAGGACUUGGACGUCGACAUGGACGUUGAGGACUUGGACGUCGACAUGGACGUGGUCGUGGACGUGGACGUGGACGUGGACGUAGAGGUGGAAGUGGACGUGGACGUGGACGUGGACGUGAACGUGGACAUGGACGUGGACAUGGUCGUGGACGUGGACGUGGACGUGGACGUGGACAUGGACGUGGACGUGGACGUGGACGUGGACGUGGAGGACUUGGACGUGGACAUGGACGUGGACGUGGACGUGGACGUGGACGUGGACAUGGACAUGGACAUGGACGUGGACGUGGACAUGGACGUGGAGGUGGACGUGGACGUGGACUUGGACGUGGUCGUGGACGUGGACAUGGACGUGGACGUGGACGUGGACAUGGAGGUGGAUGUGGACGUGGAGGUGGAGGUGGACGUGGACGUGGACGUGGACGUAGACGUGGACGUGGACGUGGAGGUGGAGGUGGACGUUGACGUGGACGUGGACGUGGACAUAGACGUGCACGUAGAUGUGGAGGUGGACGUGGAGGUGGAUGUGGACGUGGAGGUGGACGUGGACGUGGUCGUGGACGUGGACGUGGACAUGGACGUGGACGUGGACGUGGACAUGGAUGUGGACCUGGAAGUGGACAUGGACGUGGACGUGGACGUGGACGUGGACAUGGACGUGGACGUGGACGUGGACGUGGACAUGGGCGUGGACAUGGACGUGGAGGACUUGGACGUGGACAUGGACGUGGUCGUGGACGUGGACGUGGACGUGGAGGACUUGGACGUGGACAUGGACGUGGACAUGGACGUGGACGUGGACGUGGUCGUGGACGUGGAUAUGGUCGUGGACGUGGACGUGGACGUGGACGUGGACGUGGACAUGGACGUGGACGUAGACGUGGACAUGGACGUGGACAUGGACGACAUGGACGUCGACAUGGACGUGGAGGACUUGGACGUGGAUAUGGACGUGGUCGUGGACGUUGACGUGGACGUGGACGUGGAGGACUUGGACGUGGACAUGGACGUGGACAUGGACGUGGACGUGGACGUGGACGUGGACUUGGACGUGGACAUGGAUGUGGACGUGGACGUGGACGUGGACGUGGACAUGGACGUGGACGUGGACGUGGUUGUGGUCGUGGACGUGGACGUGGACGUGGACGUGGACAUGGACGUGGAUCUGGACGUGGACGUGGACGUGGACGUGGACAUGGACGUGGACAUGGACUUGGAGGACUUGGACGUCGACAUGGACGUUGAGGACUUGGACGUCGACAUGGACGUGGUCGUGGACGUGGACGUGGACGUGGACGUAGAGGUGGAAGUGGACGUGGACGUGGACGUGGACGUGAACGUGGACAUGGACGUGGACAUGGUCGUGGACGUGGACGUGGACGUGGACGUGGACAUGGACGUGGACGUGGACGUAGACGUGGACGUGGAGGACUUGGACGUGGACAUGGACGUGGACGUGGACGUGGACGUGGACAUGGACAUGGACAUGGACGUGGACGUGGACAUGGACGUGGAGGUGGACGUGGACGUGGACUUGGACGUGGUCGUGGACGUGGACAUGGACGUGGACGUGGACGUGGACGUAGACGUGGACGUGGACGUCGAGGUGGAGGUGGACGUUGACGUGGACGUGGACGUGGACAUAGACGUGCACGUAGACGUGGAGGUGGACGUGGAGGUGGAUGUGGACGUGGAGGUGGACGUGGACGUGGUCGUGGACGUGGACGUCGACAUGGACGUGGACGUGGACGUGGACAUGGACAUGGACAUGGACGUGGACGUGGACAUGGACGUGGAGGUGGACGUGGACGUGGACUUGGACGUGGUCGUGGACGUGGACAUGGACGUGGACGUGGACGUGGACGUAGACGUGGACGUGGACGUGGAGGUGGAGGUGGACGUUGACGUGGACGUGGACGUGGACAUAGACGUGCACGUAGACGUGGAGGUGGACGUGGAGGUGGAUGUGGACGUGGAGGUGGACGUGGACGUGGUCGUGGACGUGGACGUGGACAUGGACGUGGACGUGGACGUGGACAUGGAUGUGGACCUGGAAGUGGACAUGGACGAGACGUGGACGUGGACGUGGACAUGGACGUGGACGUGGACGUGGACGUGGACAUGGGCGUGGACAUGGACACGUGGACAUGGACGUGGACAUGGACGUGGACGAGACGUGGACAUGGACAUGGACCUGGUCGUGGUCGUGGUCGUGGUCGUGGACGUGGACGUGGACGUGGACGUGGACCUGGUCGUGGACGUGGACGUGGACUUGGACGUGGACGUGGAGGUGGACGUCGACGUGCACGUCGACGUGGACAUGGACGUGGACGUGGACGUGGACAUGGACAUGGACGUGGACUUGGACAUGGACGUGGACGUGGACAUUGACGUGGACGUCGACGUGGACAUGGACGUGGACCUGGACGUGGACAUGGACAUGGACGUGGAACUGGACAUGGACGUGGACGUGGACGUGGACGAGGACAUGGACGUCGACAUGGACGUGGAGGACUUGGACGUGGAUAUGGACGUGGUCGUGGACGUUGACGUGGACGUGGACGUGGAGGACUUGGACGUGGACAUGGACGUGGACAUGGACGUGGACGUGGACGUGGACGUGGACUUGGACGUGGACAUGGAUGUGGACGUGGACGUGGACGUGGACGUGGACAUGGACGUGGACGUGGACGUGGUUGUGGUCGUGGACGUGGACGUGGACGUGGACAUGGACGUGGAUCUGGACGUGGACGUGGACGUGGACGUGGACAUGGACGUGGACAUGGACGUGGAGGACUUGGACGUCGACAUGGACGUUGAGGACUUGGACGUCGACAUGGACGUGGUCGUGGACGUGGACGUGGACGUGGACGUAGAGGUGGAAGUGGACGUGGACGUGGACGUGGACGUGAACGUGGACAUGGACGUGGACAUGGUCGUGGACGUGGACGUGGACGUGGACGUGGACAUGGACGUGGACGUGGACGUGGACGUGGACGUGGAGGACUUGGACGUGGACAUGGACGUGGACGUGGACGUGGACGUGGACAUGGACAUGGACAUGGACGUGGACGUGGACAUGGACGUGGACGUGGACGUGGACGUUUACGUGGACGUGGACAUGGACGUGGACAUGGACGUGGACGUGGACGUGGACGACUUGGACGUGGACAUGGAGGUGGUCGUGGACGUGGACGUGGACGUGGACGUGGAGGUGGAGGUGGACGUGGACGUGGACAUGGACGUGGACGUGGACGUGGACAUGGACGUAGACGUGGACGUGGACGUGGACGUGGACGUGGACAUGGACGUGGACAUGGACCUGGACAUGGACGUGGACAUGGGCGUGGACGACUUGGACGUGGACAUGGACGUGGUCGUGGACGUAGACGUGGACGUGGACGUGGAGGUGGAGUUUGAGGUGGAGGUGGACGUGGACGUGGACGUGGACGUGGUCGUGGACGUGGACAUGGACGUGGACGUGGACAUGGACGUCGACGUGGACGUGGACAUGGACAUGGACGUGGAGGACUUGGACGUGGACAUGGACGUGGUCGUGGACGUUGACGUGGACGUGGACGUGGAGGACUUGAACGUUGACAUGGACAUGGACGUGGACGUGGACGUGCAUGACUUGGACGUGGACAUGGACGUGGACAUGGAUGUGGACGUGGACGUGGACGUGGACGUGGACCUGGACGUGGACGUGAACGUGGACCUGGACGUGGACGUGAACGUGGACGUGGACGUGGACGUGGUCGUGGACGUAAACGUGGACGUGGUCGUGAUCGUGGACGUGGACGUGGUCGUGGUCGUGGUCGUGGACGUGGACGUGGACGUGGAUGUGGACGUGGACAUGGACGUGGACGUGGACAUGGACGUGGAGGACUUGGACGUGGACAUGGACGUGGACGUGGACGUGGACGUGAUCGUGGUCGUGGUCGUGGACGUGGACAAGGACGUGGACGUGGACGUGGGCAUGGACGUGGUCGUGGACGUGGACGUGGACGCGGACGUUGACAUGGACGUGGACGUGGACGUGGACGUGGACAUGGACGUCGACGUGGACAUUGACAUGGACGUGGACGUGGACAUGGACAUGGACGUGGACUUGGACAUGGACAUGGACGUGGACGUGGACGUGGAUGUGGACAUGGACGUGGACAUGGACGUGGAGGACUUGGACGUGGACAUGGACGAGGUCAUGGACGUUGGCGUAGACGUGGACGUGGAGGACUUAGACGUGGACAUGGACGUGGACGUGGACGUGGACGUGGACAUGGACGUGGACCUGGACGUGGAUGUGGACGUGGACGUGGACAUGGACGUGUACGUGGACGUGGACGUGGACAUGGACGACAUGGAUGUGGACGUGGACAUGGACGUGGACAUGGACGUGGACGUGGACUUGGACGUGGACAUGGACUUGGACGUGGACGUGGACCUGGACGUGGACGUGGACGUGGACGUGGACAUGGACAUAGACAUGGACUUGGACAUGGACGUGGACGUGGACGUAGACGUGGACGUGGACGUGGACGUGGACAUGGACGUGGACAUGGACAUGGACGUGGACGUGGACGUGGACGUGGACGUAGACGUGGACGUGGACAUGGACGUGGACAUGGACGUGGAGGACUUGGACGUGGACAUGGACGUGGACGUGGACGUGGACGUGGACGUGGUCGUGGUCGUGGACGUGGACGUGGACGUGGACGUGGACGUGGACGUGGACGUGGUCGUGGACGUGGACGUGGACGUGGACGUGGUCGUGGUCGUGGUCGUGGACGUGGACGUGGACGUGGACGUGGACAUGGACGUGGACGUGGACGUGGACGUGGUCGUGGAAGUGGACGUGGACGUGGACCUGGACGUGGACGUGGACGUGGACGUGGUCGUGGACGUGGACGUGGACGUGGAUGUGGACGUGGACCAGGACGUGGACGUGGACGUGGACGUGGACAUGGACGUGGACGUGGACGUGGACAUGGACAUGGACGUGGACUUGGACAUGGACGUGGACGUGGACGUAGACAUGGACAUGGACGUGGAGGACUUGGACGUGGACAUGGACGUGGACGUGGACGUGGUCGUGGACGUUGACGUGGACAUGGACGUGGAGGACUUGGACGUGGACAUGGACGUGGACGUGGACGUGGACGUGGAGGACUUGGACGUGGACAUGGACGUGGACCUGGACGUGGACGUGGACUUGGACGUGGACAUGGACGUGGACGUAGACGUGGACGUGGACAUGGACGUGGACGUGGACGUGGACGUGGACAUGGUCGUGGUCGUGGUCGUGGACGUGGACGUGGACGUGGACGUGGACGUGGACGUGGUCGUGGACGUGGUCGUGGACGUGGUCGUGGACGUGGACGUGGACGUGGACGUGGACCUGGACGUGGACAUGGACGUGGACAUGGACGUGGAGGACUUGGACGUGGACAUGGACGUGGUCGUGGACGUGGACGUGGACGUGGAGGUGGAGAUUCCAUCCCCUUCUCCCAGAUUCCAUCCCCUUCUCCCCGAUUCCAUCCCCUUCUCCCAGAUUCUAUCCCCUUCUCCCAGAUUCCAUCCCCUUCUCCCAGAUUCCACCCCCUUCUCCCAGAUUCCAUCCCCUUCUCCCAAUUCCAUCCCCUUCUCCCAGAUUCCAUCCCCUUCUCCCAGAUUCCAUCCCCUUCUCCCAGAUUCCAUCCCGCCCUCCCAGACUCCAUCCCCUUCUCCUAGAUUCCAUUCCCUUCUCCCAGAUUCCAUCCCCUUCUCCCAGAUUCCAUCCCCUUCUCCCUCAUUCCAUCUCCUUCUCCCAGAUUCCACCACCUUCUUCCAGAUUCCAUCCCCUUCUCCCCGAUUCCAUCCCCUUCUCUCAAAUUCCAUCCCCUUCUCCCAGAUUCCAUCCCCUUCUCCCAGAUUCCAUCCCCUUCUCCCAGAUUCCAUCCCCUUUCCCAGAUUCCAUCCCCUUCUCCCAGAUUCCAUCCCCUUCGCCCAGAUUCAAUCCCCUUCUCCCCGAUUCCAUCCCCUUCUCCCUCAUACCAUCCCCUUCUCCCAGAUUCCAUCCCCUUCUCCCAGAUUCCAUCGCGCCCUCCCAGACUCAAUCCCCUUCUCCCAGAUUCCAUCCCCUUCUCCCAGAUUCCAUCCCCUUCUCCCAGAUUCCAUCCCCUUCUCACAGAUUCCAUCCCCUUCUCCUAGAUUCCAUCCCCUUCUCCCAGAUUCCAUCCCCUUCUCCCAGAUUCCAUCCCCUUCUCCCAGAUUCCAUCCGCUUCUCUCAGAUUCCAUCCCCUUCUCCCUGAUUCCAUCCCCUUCUCCCAGAUUCCAUCCCCUUCUCCCAGAUUCUAUCCCCUUCUCCCAGAUUCCAUCCCCUUCUCCCAUAUUCCAUCCCCUUCUCCCAGAUUCCAUCCCCUUCUCCCAUAUUCCAUCCCCUUCUUCAUUCCAUCCCCUUCUGCCAGAUUCCAUCCCCUUCUCCCUCAUUCUAUCCCCUUCUCCCAGAUUCCAUCCCGCCCUCCCCGACUCCAUCCCCUUCUCCCAGAUUCCAUCCCCUUCUCCCCGAUUCCAUCCCCUUCUCCAAGAUUCCAUCCCCUUCUCCCUCAUUCCAUCUCCUUCUCCCAGAUUCCACCCCCUUCUUCCAGAUUCCAUCUCCUUCUCCCAGAUUCCAUCCCCUUCUCACAAAUUCCAUCCCCUUCUCCCAGAUUCCAUCCCCUUCUCUCAGAUUCCAUCCCCUUCUCCCAGAUUCCAACCCCUACUCCCUGAUUCGAUCCCCUUCUCCCUGAUUCCAUCCCCUUCUCCCAGAUUCCAUCCCCUUCUCCCAUAUUCCAUCCCCUUCUCCCAGAUUCCAUCCCUUCCCCCCGGAUUCCAUCCCCUUCUUCCAGAUUCCAUCCCCUUCUCCCAGAUUCCAUCCCCUUCUCCCAAAUUCCAUCCCCUUCUCCCAGAUUCCAUCCCCUUCUCCCAGAUUCCAUCCCCUUCUCCCAGAUUCCAUCCUCUUCUCCCAGAUUCCAUCCCCUUCUCCCAGAUUCCAUCCCCUUCUCUCUUAUUUGAUCCGCUUCUCCCAGAUUCCAUCCCCUUCUCCCAGAUUCCAUCCCCUUCUCCCAGAUUCCAUCCCCUUUGCCAAGAUUCCAUCCCCUUCUCCCUUAUUCCAUCUCAUUCCAUCCCCUUCUCCCUCCUUCCAUCUCCUUCUCCCAGAUUCCACCCCCUUCUUCCAGAUUCCAUCCCCUUCUCCCCGAUUCCAUCCCCUUCUCCCAAAUUCCAUCCCCUUCUCCCAGAUUCCAUCCCCUUCUCCCAGAUUCCAUCCCCUUCUCCCUCAUUCCAUCUCCUUCUCCCAGAUUCCACCCCCUUCUUCCAGAUUCCAUCCCCUUCUCCCCGAUUCCAUCCCCUUCUCCCAGAUUCCAUCCCCUUCUCCCUGAUUCCAUCCCCUUCUCCCAGAUUCCAACCCCUACUCCCUGAUUCGAUCCCCUUCUCCCUGAUUCCAUCCCCUUCUCCCAGAUUCCAUCCCCUUCUCCCAUAUUCCAUCCCCUUCUCCCAGAUUCCAUCCCUUCCCCCCGGAUUCCAUCCCCUUCUUCCAGAUUCCAUCCCCUUCUCUCAAAUUCCAUCCCCUUCUCCCAGAUUCCAUCCCCUUCUCCCAGAUUCCAUCCCCUUCUCCCAGAUUCCAUCCCCUUUCCCAGAUUCCAUCCCCUUCUCCCAGAUUCCAUCCCCUUCGCCCAGAUUCAAUCCCCUUCUCCCCGAUUCCAUCCCCUUCUCCCUCAUACCAUCCCCUUCUCCCAGAUUCCAUCCCCUUCUCCCAGAUUCCAUCGCGCCCUCCCAGACUCAAUCCCCUUCUCCCAGAUUCCAUCCCCUUCUCCCAGAUUCCAUCCCCUUCUCCCAGAUUCCAUCCCCUUCUCACAGAUUCCAUCCCCUUCUCCUAGAUUCCAUCCCCUUCUCCCAGAUUCCAUCCCCUUCUCCCAGAUUCCAUCCCCUUCUCCCAGAUUCCAUCCGCUUCUCUCAGAUUCCAUCCCCUUCUCCCUGA